GUAUCAAGUUCUGGCUGUGUGAUGCCGGAGAAUGUGUGUCAGAACAACGGCUGGGGCGAGGUGUGCGGCCCGUGGUCCAUCACCAAACCUUACUGGACCGAUGCCUACAAGCCAGGAGGAGACUAUUACACAUGCGUGGCGUCUUGGGACUGUAACGAAGCAACUGUUCGAGCUUACCUAAACGUGUCGAACCCUUACGCUACGUGUGAGACCUACGCACGCACUCAUGUCGGUGGGCCAUGGGGCAUCGAUCAGGACUACGCCACGGACUACUGGCAUCAGGUGAAGGACUGCCUCGACUAUGGCCUCUUCACACUUCCUCCUGAUGAUGAAUGAAGAUGAAUGAAACAAGAACUUUCAAAUACAUGCUCCUACACGUACAAGGCCAUUCUCUCUCUGUCUCUCUCUCUCUCUCUCUCUCUCUCUCUCUCUCUCUCUCUCUCUCUCUCUCUCUCUCUCUCUCUCUCUCUCACACACACACACACACACACACACACACACGCGCGCGGUCGACAGUUUGUAAGCCUAUUGUACACCAUGUGGAAGAUUUAUCUUCACAUAAAAAUCCAGAACAUUCCAAA